GCUUGGAAGUGGACAGUGCUCUGACAGGCAGACAGACCGAGGACACAAGGGUAGUUUACCAUAGAAGAAAAGGAAAACAGAAAAGGAUUUUUUUUAAAGAAUGGUUAAACGAGAGUGCAAAGAAAAAGAACAGAGAGAUUAAGAGGGCUAAAAAAAUAAGGUCCUGUGUCCUGUGGGACAACCCUUCACCCACCCCAACAAAUUUCAAUCAGUGAAGUUUGUCUGUCUGUUUUUUUAGCCUGUCAGUACUGUGUUGAAGACAAUUUUCAGGAAGUGGGUUCGUCCAUUAAAACCCUAACAAAACAUAAAAAUAAUUUGAGAUUAUUAUUGUAUCGUUGACAUCAUAUCACUACUUUGAUUUAAACUCACUACUAUCAGUAACUAAACUCUAAUCAAUUAAUAACCAACAGAAGAAGCCCAUCUUUCAUAAUGGCCCCCAAAAAGAAGCUAUCCCGUCCUAAAAAGUCUCUAGAGCCAGCACAGAUGGAGAGCGGGGUGGUGGUCCCUGAGACAGGGGUGAAAAAGUUAGAAAUGUCCCUCAGCAUUGAGCAGUUGAAUCGUCUCAAUGGGAUGUCUAUGACACCCAUGAUCCGUCCCGGAGAGAGGGGCUUUGGUCUGGGUGGGGAAAUGACCCGGCCCCAACAUGGAUCAGCUCUUCUGGAAGAGCUAAGUCGUAUGAGACAGGAGCGCUUCCUUACUGACCUGGAGCUGGCUUGCAAGACUAAAGCAUUCGAUGUCCACAAGCUGGUCAUGUCCUCUGUUAGCCAGUACUUGCGUGAAGUUCUAGCCAAGGACCCGGGCCUCAAGCGCUUGGAGUUGCCAACCAUAUCACCCUUAGGUCUAGCCAAUGUCAUCACCUUUGCUUAUCUUGGCCGUGUGCACAUGUCUCUAUACACUAUUGGCUGUACUGUGUCUGCGGCCUGCACGCUGCAAAUCCCCCACCUCCUCCAGAUGUGCAUGGACUUCCUGAUGUCGGAGUUGAACGUGCACACCUGUGUGUAUGUGUGGAAUAUCGGAGCCGCUUAUGGCCUGAGCCCUGUGCGGGACUCUGCCCGCCGCUUUGUGAUGGAAAACUUUGCCCAGUUUACCGAGACACCCCAGUUUACUCAGCUCACCCUUGAACAGAUCACUGCUUUUCUUCAGGAUGAUAAGCUUAUCCUGCCUUCAGAGGUCACCACCUUCCAGGUGGCCAUGAAGUGGCUGGACUUUGAUCCGAAGAGGCAUGUUCAUGCUUAUGACCUACUGUCCAAUGUGCGGUUCGAGACUAUCCCCGCCAGUGAGCUGGUCAGAGAGAUUCAGCCUGUUGCUUGCAUGAUGCAGGACCCUCAGUGCCACCGUUUACUAGUAGAUGCCAUGAACUACCAUUUGCUCCCAUACCAGCAAAACACUCUACAGUCCCGUCGCACAAAGGUCCGAGGCAGCCAGACUGUUCUGCUAACCAUUGGGGGACGCCCCUCCCUUACUGAGCGUGCCCUGAGUCGAGAAGUCCUGUGGAGAGACCCUCGUGAUGGAGUUGCUACCUGGCGCCAUCUUUCCCAGCUUCCUGCAAAGAGCUUUAACCAGUGUGUGGUGGUCAUGGAUGGUUUCCUUUAUGUGGCAGGCGGAGAAGACCAGAAUGAUGCUCGAAACCAGGCCAAACAUGCUGUCAGCACUCUGUGCAGAUAUGACCCACGCUUUAACACAUGGCUGCACCUGAGUAGCAUGCGUCAGCGCCGAACACACUUUAGCCUCGUGGCAACAAAUGGGCGCCUUUAUGCAGUUGGUGGCCGUAACACAGAUGGCUUGCUGGCGACCACUGAGAGCUACCUGCCCUCCACUAACACAUGGCAGCUCCGUGCUCCAAUGGACAUGCCACGUUGCUGCCAUGCCAGCGCUGUCUUACCCUCUGGAGACAUCCUAGUGACCGGUGGCUAUGUCAACUGCGCUUACUCUCGCUCUGUUGCUUGCUACAAUGUGCAGAGCGACACCUGGAGCGAGCAGGCACAAUUGGAGAUGCCACGUGGCUGGCACUGCUCCACAACACUAGGUGGUAAAGUUUACGUGGUGGGCGGCAGCCGGCUAAGCCCGAGUGGAGAGCGUGUUGAUGUGCUGAUCACGGAGGUGUUCUCACCAGAAAGCGGUCAGUGGAGCAGGGCCGCCUCUCUGCCCUUGGGAGUAAGCACAGCCGGUCUGGCACCUCUUGGUGAUCACCUCUACCUUGUGGGUGGAUGGAAUGAAGCUGAGAAGCGCUACAAGGCAGCAGUGCAGCGUUACGAUCCAGGUACCGACAGCUGGUCGUCUGGGGAAGAGCUGCCCGAGCCCACGGUGGGGGUAUCCUGCUGUGCUCUGACACUACCCCCACGCCACACUUCACGCAAGCAUCGUAACACCCCCAGCCAUGAAGAACAGAGUGGCAUAAUUGCAUGAGAGAAAGAGCGAGAGAGGAAAGGAUGAGGCCAAGAUUAGUAUUGAGAACAAAGAUAAAAAUAAAACAACAAAGAAGGGGUGAACAGUUACUAGCUAGGGAGGAUGCAACAAGUAAAGGACAGAGAUGGAAGGACAGAAAUAUUAUUACUGAGACAACUGUGAAGGGAGUUUAGUGUCACAGUAUUGAGUUUAGGGCCCACUUAUUAAUUAUGUGAAAAUGUCUAGGCCAUCAUAGCCACAUGGGACAAACAUGUGCGAGUGAAG